UUUCUUGGCAAAUCCAAUCCCCUCUGGCUCUGGACAAAAGAAAAUCCUGACCUCCGCAUAUCUCUAUGUAUUCCCCUUUUAAAAAAUCUCAUUCGGGCAUUCCGUCCAACAUUCCGUAUCCAAAUCCAUUUUCCCAGUAAAUAAAAUUAACUAGAGAAGCACUGGCCCUUUCUUGCUUGUUUAUCAUUCUCUCUGCCCCGAGUUCCACACAUAUAAAAACUGUACGUAUAUGUUUGCGUAUAAUCUACUUUGUGCUGGAAGACAAACUGGGUUUUGAGCCUGAGAGUCAACUGUUCAUCGGAGCUUAGGGGACAACUGGCUUCACCACAUCAGGGCAAUGCAGUUGGCAAUAUGACCUCUCCGCCACAACUGAGAGGCAUGAAGAAACAUUCUUUGAUUUCCCGCAAUACGGGUAUUUAUUCGAGCCCAGGAACACCGGAUUACCACGAUGGAAAUGUGGGUGGUAUUCAAAAGGGAUGGAAUUCAGAAAGAGUUCCAUUACCAUCAAACAGCAGCCGGAGGCAAAUAAAUGCUGUCGCAUUGAUGCCAUUCAACAGCGGAAGGACUUUACCAUCCAAAUGGGAUGAUGCAGAGAGGUGGAUUACUAGCCCAGUUUCAGGGUUGGGUGUUAGCAGGCCUUUACCUCAGCAACCUCAGAGACGGCCCAAGUCAAAGAGCGGUCCAAUUGGAGGUCCGGGUGUUGAUUCCUUUUCCAACUAUUCCCCUGCCCCGCAGGUGCUGCAAGGGGGAAGUGUUAGAGAUUUCAUGGCGGGGUCACCAUUUACAACUGGUGUGCUUGUACCAGAUGGCGUGUCCAUUCAAUAUGGUGGUCACAAUGUGGUGCAAUCUAGUUUAGUGCAUACUGUGACUGCUAUGGGUCAAACAGCUAGUCUACUUGGAUGGUCGGAUACACUAACUGAGUCUUCAUCGCCUAGCUCUCGAGAUGAGAAGCUUGAUGGCACCAAAGACGCAGAAACCACGGUUUCUCGUGUUUUGCGUCGGGAUAUGGCGACACAGAUGAGUCCUGCGGAUAGCACACACUCCUCAGCCACAUCACCCAAGGAUAGGUUAUCAUUCUCUACUUCUCCUCCAUCGAUCCUGCCCGUUUUGGAGCCUUACAGCAACCACUCCGCUAAAUUGGAAAUCAGGGAUGUCCAGGUGGACAAAAGAGUCACAGUUACAAGGCAGUCCGGAAAACAUGGAGUGAGAACAAAGCAGAACGAAUCGCCAGUUGUUGAGGACUUAACUUCGACUUGGGAUAUUUCGAAGGCAACAAGGGACAUAUCUAAGUAUGUUUUAUUGCUUUGCAUUCUCAUCAAUGAAAUUACCAAGUGCUUAGUUGCUUAUUUGAGAGAAUACGCAACUAAGAAUAACAGAUUUGGAGAACCAAGAAUAAGCAAAAUGGUCGGUAUCCACUUUGCUUGUGUAAAGGAAAAAUGUUGAUUUUCUUGAAUGAGCAAUUAAGCAAUGCUAGCCCCCACCAAACAAACUUAUUCACUUGGUUGGUUAUCUUUAAGCAAUAAGCAGAUAAGAAAUUGAGCCAAAUGAGCCCUUGAGAGACGAAGUUGGAUAGUGUUAGGGGUCACGUGAACCUCUCGUUUCAUAGAUGUUUUAGCUGUGUUUGAAAACUGUGUUGUCCCUCUGCCCUGCCAAUCAUUUGGUCAUGGGAAAAACCACCAUAUUAGUUACCCUUUUCUCCAUGAUUUCAAGUAAACAAGCCUUGUAAAAUCAAACGUUUAGGCUCCAUGAAACUCCAAAUUAGAGGAAGACGUUUCUUGAGACAUAAUCGACGGAUUAGUAAUUUAUCAAUGACACAUACAUCACAUAGAGAGCUUUUUUAGCUCUCACGCACCACCCCUAGUCCGAAAAUUUUUGCUCCCAAGAGCUCUCUUCUUCUCCGGUGACUAUCACAACUAGAAAUGGCAAAUAGGCGGGUUGAAAUGGGUCGUGGGUCGAAUAUGGGUGGGUCGAAUAUGGGUCAACAUUAGGCGGGUUGAAACGGGUUGGGUCGAAUAGGGAUCAAGUCAUACCCGAACCUGACCCGACCCGUUUUUCGUUUUACUUCCUUUUAUCCCCUUUUUCUCCCCGUCAUACAAUUUUUUUUUUAACAUCAAUUCUUUUUUUUGAACAGCCUCCCCGUCAUACAUAAUAACAUUUAUAUUGUACAGGUUCCUAAUUAGACUAACUUGAAUCUAAGAAAAAUAAUAACCACAUAAUUAGAAAAAUUCAUAUGAAUAAGGAUAAAAAAUAAAAAAAAGAGAGUACGACGAUCGUGAAAGAGAGUGUAAUUAUAUAAACAAAAUUUAUUUAUUUAUCUUGAAGGGAAAAAAAUAACUUCAAUGACACAACAAUAACAUUUUUUGCCAUUAUAACAGAUCAACGCAUAUUUUCCUCAUACAAAACCCAUUUCAGUUACUAUUUGAAUCGGUGAAAUGUGAAUUGGUCAAUUCACCAUUGACUUCAGGCUAAGUUCCGCUACGGGAUUUUUGGGCAUUUUUCAUUUUGUCCUUAUUUAAUUUUUUUUUUCACAUUUGUUCGUUUUGCGACAAACUUUUUACCCCUAUUGAUUCGUC